UUUUCCCAUUCCUUGGGAUGCAACAUUAUUUGGCGUUGACAAUGGCAAUAUACCUUUAUAUGUGAACAUGUCAGAUUUGUGGGAAAUAAUACAGGGUAAUCAGAUGUUGAACAUUGCAGUCAUUCAACUUUGGAUUAUGUAUCUAAAUGAAUUAAUUGUCAAUGCGGGGCACAAUGAUAUUUAUGGUUUCCUUGAGCCUUAAAUUAUACAAAAGUCUGGGAAUAGAUCAAUGCACAUUCAAAGAUAUAUUCAACGAUGGAUUCAUGAAUUCAAGAAAAGAAUUUACAUCGCCCCUUAUAUUGAAGGGUCUCAUUGGCAAUUGAUUAUUAUUUGCCCCAUAGACCGUAUUGUCGUUUGGUUUUGUUCAUUGCACAAGAAGCCAAGCAAAGAAAUGAAAACUUUAAUACAAAGAGCUAUUAAUGUAAGUGGUGUCUUGGAUGGUAAAUCCACUGCAUCUUCAUCUCAUCUGGAUUGGAUUUAUCCUAAGUGCAAUAGGCAACGUGGAAGCUUUGAGUGUGGAUACUAUGUUAUGCAUUGGAUGUGGACUAUAGCUCGUGCUACCAUUGUUGAUUCAUGGGCCGAUGUUUUUGAUGGAGUCGAGCCAUUGGGUAAAGAUAAAAUUGAAGAUAUUCGCAAGGAAUGGGCAAGAUAUUUUUUGUGGCUAAAACAUUAGUUUUGAUAGCCAUUAGAAAUGUUUUAUUUUGGAUAUGUAAGGUAUUUUGUAGCCUUAACAUUUAGCAUAAUAGUUUUGAUAGGAUUUAGUAAAUGAUUGUAUCUUAGGAAACGAAAAUUUGAAUUGUUUGGAAUCUGGCUUUUUAUGACUUUUACAGGUUAUUGGAUAGUUCCCAAAACAAGCUGACUUU